AUGCAGGCCCCACGACGCCAUCUGGAAAUUCUACCUCCCAAGCAAAUGCUACUCCCUUCCCGACGUAAUGCUCACAUCUGCCAGCGUGCAGGUGUUUUCCGACAUAACAAUGUUCUUCCUUCCGCAAAGGAUCAUUUGGGGCUUACGGAUCAAUUGGCAAAAGAAGAUUGGGGUCUCCAUUCUCUUCGGUGUGGGUAUAUUGUGCGUAUCACCUCCAAUGCUGUCCAAGUGCUCAACAACUUACUCGCAGACAACAGUGCUUCCAUCGCGGCCUGCUUUCGCCUAGCCCGUACCGUCGCAUUCGCCAGAACGUCGGAUAGAAUGUAUCUUCUAGGUCCAUUGCUGUUCUGGGCUUGCGCUGAAAUGACCUGUGGCUUUUGCAUCUUCUGUCUGCCCUGUCUCUCUAAGUUGGUUAUGGAAUCUGGGCUUCCUCGUCGUGUUAAGAGCGGACUUGGUUUCAGUCCCAAGUCUAGUCAGCCUUCGCAGGGUUCGGAUCCUCCACACAUAUCGCCCCGUCCAGGUCGUUUUCAUCCUUCGAAGCACCCGCUGGAUUCGGAUGCUUCGUGGUCUAGGAUUGAAGAUGGUGAUAUGGAUUUGGAGGCUUCGGGGCGAUUAUGA